UUUGUAAAAUUAAAUCUACUUCUUUUGACUUGUAGAAGAUCGCCCUGCUCCAAAAUCUUACAAUGUGAAAUACAGACUGAGAAACCCACCCCCGCCUACAUAUAUGGUUGGAAACCACUUGCACACGGCGGAGAGGCUUCAUGACAGACGGAGAAGAGUUUGUCAGCACUGUCGUAUGACCGGAGUCACCACCAGCAGUGGGCAUGGGGUCGAAACCAGCUGGUUUUGUUCCACCUGUGAUAUGCCACUCUGUGUCAACCAUAGGAACUGCUGGAACAAUUUUCACGAAAAACUCAAUAUUCAGUAACUGCCCAGAAAAAGAAGAACGAUAAAAGAUUGGUUGAUGAGAACAUGCUGUCUGGUGACCCAGCGUAUUUGAUGUAUGAAAUCCCUGUUGCUUCUGAAGAACAGAUUAAUUCUUCUAAAAUUCCCAACGAAGGAAGCACAAAUGAUAUUGUAUGGAACACAAAUGAUUGCGAGUGGAAAAUAACAUCAGCUUACACGCUGAGUCAACCUACUGUCCUUGAGAAUAAUGCAGAAAAUGGUUAUAAAGUGGUAGACAUGGUAGACGUGGUAGAGAAAGCUGUAUCUGCCGCAUAUAAGACAAAACCUGAGAAAAUUCGGUCCAAAAGCAAGGAAAUAAAAUCGAUCAGAAAACCACAAAAUGAUACUGUGAAAAGGUCAGUUUCUGAUAAAGCGCGCAGAGAUGUCAGUCUUAAGACACAGAAAGGAGCAACAAAGGUAUCACAAACAAUUUCUUCAAAUCAAGCUAAAAGUGUUCAAAUGCAGCAUAAAAAAGCGCAGCUAAAGGUUGACAAAAUAAAGGGCGUUUGUACGAAAGGAAAUGCAGCAUCUUCUACAAUUUCAGAGAGGCGAAUGUUAAAAACAUCAAUAAAUAAUUCAGAAAAAAUGAAAUUACAAGAUAAAACAGUUAGGCCAAAAAUUCGACAAGGUUUAUACCGUUAUGACUUCAGAACUUUCAAACGAAAUGGAAAACGAAGUACUAAAAGAAAAGAAAGUAUGCCCAUGUCUUCUCACUAUAGAAUAAGCAAGAUGAACCAACCAAGUUCCGUACAAACAGGGAAAAGCAAGCCUAAAACCAUUGAUUUGAACACGCAACUUGUUCAGUCUGAUUCCAAUGUCGAACUUGUUCAGCGUCAGUUAAACACCAAAGAUGUUCAGACAGAUUUCGAUGAAAAUGAAAGCACAGUAUCAGAACCUGCCAUUAAUGAGACCAUGAAAACAGCACAAACAAAUAAAUAUGAAACAACAAAGCCAAAGAUAGGAAUACAGAUUGCUUAUCCCUCGCAUUGUUUGUCGUACCAAGAAAGGAAAGGGAAGUGUACAUAUUGCCUAAACAACCCAGACACAGAAACGAAAAUUGAACCUAUCAACACAAAGUGCAAAAUCUGUAAUGUCUACCUCUGUAAAAGUAUCUGGAGGAAAGGUGGACGAUCUUGCUUUGAACGGUACCAUAAGGAAAGAGCAAAGAUUAUCACUGAGUCGGUGGUAGGUCAUCCUCCGAACAAAGAGGAGAUCAAGUCUACUCACUACCCUGUGAAUAUAAGUAUUCAAGAGGAUAGUAGAAGGAAAAAGGUCUGUGAAAUCUGCUAUGCAGAAAAAAUGGACCGAAAGACAGAAGGAUCCACCCUCACUGGUUACAAAUGCAGCAUCUGUACUGUGGGGUUAUGUGCUAGGCACAAAGACUGCUUUCAGAUAUAUCAUAACAAUCUUUUUGAGAUGGACCAAGGUUCCUGAAAGCUUUGACUAGAAACUUUGAAUCUUUUCCUUUAAAAGUACAAAUGUACUUCCAAUCACUAUCAACCAGUUGUGAUGUCUGUACAGUUGGAACUUGUGCUGGGAUAAAUUUAUUUUUAUAACUGUGUCUACUAUUUGUUUAAAUAUACCCGGAUGUUUCAUUGGGGAAACUUUAUUCUCAAACAAUGGACCAAAGAUCAAAUAUUUUUGUUGAUGGAUAUCUUUAAGAUGUACAAGUUACAUUAUUUUGAAGGAUAUUGGUGUAUAUUUGUGCAGAAUUUAGUUUUACGUUGCCUACGUUGCAAAGUAGUGACUGUUUCCAUAAACAUGUAGUGUCGUUCUUGUUGUACCAAAAAGAAAUGGAAUUAAAAAUACUUCAAAAUAUAUGCAUUAUUGAUAUAGUGUUUGGGAUCAGCUGGUUCGUUAUUAUAUUCA